CUGCGUGCCGGCACCUGCUGGAGGAAGGGUUAAGUCGUCCCGCGAGCAUCACAAGUCGGUGGAGGAGGCUUUGGCGGCUGCGGGCGACAUGGACAACGCAGGGAAGGAGCGAGAAGCGGUCCAGCUGAUGGCGGAGGCCGAGAAACGAGUGAAGGCCUCACACUCCUUCCUCCGAGGACUGUUCGGAGGAAACACGAGAAUAGAAGAAGCAUGUGAAAUGUAUACCAGAGCCGCAAAUAUGUUCAAGAUGGCCAAGAAUUGGAGUGCUGCAGGAAAUGCGUUUUGUCAAGCCGCCAAGCUCCACAUGCAGCUUCAGAGCAAACAUGACUCUGCCACGAGCUUUGUCGAUGCUGGAAAUGCUUACAAGAAGGCAGACCCUCAAGAGGCUAUCAACUGCUUAAAUGCAGCCAUCGACAUUUACACAGACAUGGGAAGGUUUACAAUCGCAGCCAAGCACCACAUCACGAUUGCAGAGAUCUAUGAGACUGAGCUUGUGGACAUUGAGAAGGCUAUUGCACAUUAUGAACAAUCUGCUGAUUAUUACAAAGGAGAAGAGUCUAACAGCUCUGCUAACAAGUGUCUGCUGAAGGUGGCAGCCUACGCAGCACAGCUGGAGCAGUAUCAGAAAGCCAUCGAGAUCUACGAGCAGGUAGGAGCAAACACUAUGGAUAACCCCUUGUUGAAGUACAGUGCAAAGGAUUACUUCUUCAAGGCAGCACUCUGUCACUUUAUAGUGGAUGAGCUGAAUGCCAAGCUGGCUCUUGAGAAGUACGAGGAAAUGUUCCCAGCAUUUACUGACUCCAGAGAAUGCAAAUUAUUGAAAAAACUUCUAGAAGCUCAUGAAGAACAGAACAGUGAAGCUUACACUGAAGCGGUGAAGGAGUUUGACUCAAUAUCACGCUUGGAUCAGUGGCUGACCACCAUGUUGCUUCGAAUCAAGAAGUCCAUCCAAGGGGAUGGAGAAGGAGAUGGAGACCUCAAGUGAAGUGCUGACAUCUUUGUGGCAUGCAGCUAAUUCCUUUUUAGUUUUGUCUUCAAGCAAGGCAAUCUUUCCGGGAUGCCCAUUUAAUGACUUAUUUUGUUGUAAAUAAGCCACACAAUUUAUGUGUUGUUUCAGCUUGCCAUGUCUGUGUUACUGUGAGAAUGGGAGGCUUGUAUUCAUUUGGUGGUUAAGACAACCAAAGUAUAUAAUGCUUAUCAGAAUCCUCAUAGUUUUCUGAGAUGUACUGCCGAAUCUUAUUCCUGUUCUUCUGAUAUUUUCAGGGCCCACGUUCAAUGUUGCCAUGUGCUUUUCUUUUUUCCUAAACUCUGGUACUUGACCCAGUUUUAUAGAUGCUUUGCAAAGACGUUGUGUAUUGGUAUUGGAUGGACCCUUUAUACAAGUGGCUUAGUUUAGGAUGAUUAUUAGGAAUAAAUUUGUAGUUGAGUAGAAACUGUCUAGCUUUCUUUUAUAGUUAUUUUGAUGGUGCUAGUGAUGAAUUCAUUUGCUUUUUUUUUUUUUUUUUUUUUUUUGCCCCAUAUGCUCCCACAUACAUGGCAAACACUGAGACUAGCUGGGAUCUGUUGGCAUCACUUGCAUUAUAAGGGAAAGGAACAUGCUGGCAGGUCGUGUGGUCCUGUUUCUUGUAUAGAUGAAUGUCGGGGUGGAUUUCAUUGAUAUUUUUAACUUACACACAAAACCUAUGAGAAAUGGAUUUUUCCUCUUCUCGAGAGUUUCCACUUUUAGUCGUAAUGGAAAUCCCUUCUUCAUAUUUGCAUAAAAAUAUUAUAACUGGCAUUUCCUUUGUUCUCACAUUUAUACACUCCUCACAUUGUCUUCUGGACCAUGGGUAUGCCAAGCUUGAGCAGAGCUGCAUAAAAGAUUCCAGCUGAAGCUUGAGAAUAUGUGUGGUUAAGUGUCCAUUUGUUGGACAUGGUGGUUAAGUGGGGGUCAGUGUGGCAUAAGAAUUUAUGUUAUAUCUGGUUGAAUAAGAACCUAACCUAUGUCUGAUGGUCCCUGGUUUAUUUCUUAGCUGGUGGUGUGAUUUCACUUGUGUGUAUGCACUCUGUUGUCCCAUUUGAUUUAUAUAAGAUGUAUGCUCUGUUAUUUCAGAUUCUGACACUCCCUGCUUAUAUGCUGAUACAGUACUGUAGACAUGGCCUUGCUUCCUGAGUCUCUUGUGCAUACUUGUAUGCUGAGAUGAUUUGUGCUUGAAGAGCAUGUGUUACUAGAAAUACUUCAUAGUCCUAAUGUGCUGCUGUCAUGUGACAGACAAUGAAACUCCUGAUUAAUCAGGUAUGAAAUGGCACUGGAAUGGUGUUUUCAUCUUUGGAUGGCCCUAGAGUAGGGUCGGUGGUUCUUCCUGUGCCAGGCCCAGGGCUCAAAGAGGAGAGUUUGAGGACAGAUAAGCAAGUCAGGUCUUUCAGAAGAGAAAGGAAGUGGCAGGAUGGGGCUAGAGACAUGGUUCCUGCUCUUCCAGGGGGCCCAAGUUUGAUGCCCAGCACCCAUGUUGGGUGGCUCAAAACCACCUGUAACUCCAGUUCCCCUAGGAGUUCUGGUACCUUCUUCUGCCCUCAAUAAGCACAUGCAUACAGAUAAACACAUACAGGUGAAUGAAUAUAUACAUACAUG